AUGUCGGCUUAUGAGAAGGAGAGAGAGGCGAAUAUAGCUCGCAACCGUGCAAUCCUUGAGCAGUUGGACCUCAAAGAUGCGGCAUCUCAGCUAGGAGUUCCAGCCAAGAGCAAGUCCCAAACAAAGCCGAAAGCGAAACCUGUUCAACCUAAGAAGCGACCCAGGCAGGAAUCUGAGCCUGUCGCACCGAGGCGUCAGAGUGCGCGCCUAAUGAAAGAGGUAAUAGACCUAAAUGAGAGCCCUGUGACGAAGCAAAAGCGAGAGGCAGAACGAGAAAGAAUUGCGAAGCAAGCGGAACAAGAACGACUUGAAGCCGAAGAACGCGAGCGCAUUGCUAAGCGCCCACGGCACCAAGACCUCGACCUGUUCACUACAUUAGGAGAGCAGAAUGGGACCGAUAUUGCCACCCUCAGGACAGCUUUGGGGUCUGCUACGAAAGAUGUACACGCAAAGCGCGUGAGCGAUCUUGACGCGUUUGUUUUCGAUACAGACAAAGGGAACGCUGCCGAGGUGAAGGACUUGAGAGAUCGUUUACAUAAACUGAAGAUUGUCUCUCGAGCUAAAGUUACGGGAAACCGGGUAUAUAGCGCAGCAUAUCAUCCAGACAAGACCAAGGAUCUCGUGUUUUUUGGAGAUAAGCACGGUCAAUUAGGCAUAUGGGAUGCUCGCGCACCUACUGAAGAGGGUGCAGACGAGGAUGGCGAUGUAACUGCUAAUGAUGCAACGGAAGGCGGAAAGUACUGGCAGCUUCAAAACCACUGGCCCGCUUCCCCGAAGUCUUCGAUAUCCUCGAUUAAGUUCGACCCCACAGAUGCCCAUAGUGUGAUAACUGCUUCUUAUGACUGUACUAUUCGCCGCCUAUCUUUUAUCUCCGGGAUUUCGGAAGAACUAUUCUCGUCUGAAGAUACUCUUGUCUCAAACAUCGAUUUGGCUCCCAAUCAACAUGAGAUGUGGAUAUCUACGGCCAACGGAACCAUAAUUAACUUAGAUUUACGACAAGAUAAAUCCAAAGCACGAUGGUAUGAUCUCCAGGACCAGAAGAUAGGAUCCAUUAGCGUCAAUCCGACAAACCCACAUUAUCUAUUAACAGCGUCUAAUAACCGGACACUCAAAGUUUGGGAUAUCAGGAUGCUGCGGACCUUGCAAAGUGGCAAAAGUCUGAACACAUCCUCGGAACCAUACAGAUUUGACUAUGAUACGAUGCAGAAUUUUAUCGAGUCGAAACGCGGCCAAGGAUUCUUGCGUGGAGAGUUCGGUCAUGGCAAGUCCGUAAGCUCAGCCUUUUGGGAUCCUCGGGGAAGAAGUAUCGUUAGCACAAGCUAUGACGAUACAAUCAGAUUAUGGGAACUAGAUUCUGCUAAACUCGGCUCCUCAACUAGUUUCCCUUCAUUUACGCCUUUCUGUCGAAUCAGACACAAUUGUCAAACUGGCAAAUGGCUAACAAUCCUCAGAGCGGUCUGGUCACCUAAUCCAGAUGUGUAUCCUCACUUCACUAUCGCGGGCAUCCGGGACCAUGCAGUUUACGUAUAUUCAUGCAAAGGCGACUUGCUAGCAAAACUGGCAGACAGCACCAAAGUAACGGCUACGCAAGCUGUGACCUGCUCCCAUCCAGAAGUUGUCGAACGUGUUGCCACAGGGAAUGCUAGUGGUAGAUGCGUACUUUGGGCACCCCCAGAUCCUUAAUUUAAC